AUGUCUUUGGAAAGCUGUUCCUCCUCGGAGGAUCUCCUCCUUUUCUGUGGCGACUUGGGCCGAGACGGUGUUCAAGCCCUUUCUCAGUUUGGAUCAUUCACCCCUAGCAUAUACGACUCAGCAUGGAUGUCCAUGGUUUAUAAAGGCCAGGAUUCGGAGCAAGAGUGGAUGUUCCCUCAAUGCCUCCAGUAUGUCCUGUCUCUACAGCAGCCAGAUGGAGCCUGGCCUGGUUUUUGUUCACCAGUGGACGGAAUACUUUCCACCGGAGCAUCCCUUCUCGCGUUGCUCAAUCGAAGGGAGCGGACUUCCAUGAAAGAUGAGCAAAGCGAUAUCUCUCAACGAAUUGAGCGUGCAAUUGAUAGCCUGCACAACAUUCUUCGAGAUUGGGAUGUCGCUAAAAGUGAUCAGGUUGGGUUUGAAGUGAUCGUUCCCAGUAUCCUUCGCCUGAUUGCUCAAUACGAUGUUCAUUUCACCUUCCCCGGACAGGAAACUUUGUCGAUAAUGCAUGCCAAAAAAAUGCAGAAAUUCCACCCGCAAAUUUUAUAUUCAGACCUCCAAACGACAAUGCUUCAUUCGUUGGAAGCUUUUGUGGGUGUUGUCGAUUUCGAUAUGCUCAAGCAUCACUGCACUGUGGAGAAUGGAGUGAUGGCCUCUCCUGCUGCUACGUCUGCAUACCUGAUGCAAAUCAAAGAAUGGGAUUCUUGUGCUGAGGAUUAUUUAAACCGCGUGGUCAGGUUUGCAGGGGACUGUAGUGGCGGAGUUCCAGCAGCAUUUCCCACGUGUAACUUCGAGUUAUCUUGGACACUUUCGACACUCUUCCUUCACGUGGGGUUGCCAAAUGAAGAUCAAAUCUCUCAUCUGCACCCUCUUCAGGUCAUUUUGAAAACCAUUACGGCGCAGCAAAAUGGCCUUAUUGGCUGGGCACCGGGGAUCAUGCCCGAUCCAGAUGAUACAGCAAGGGUCUUGAUGACGAUUAAUUUCUUAGGCAGCCAGGUAGACUUUACUCCGAUGGUCACAAAGUUCCGAUCUCAUCCGUGUUUCAAGACCUAUGAGAUGGAGCGAAAUCCAAGUUUAAGUGCCAACUGCAACGUCCUCUUGGCUUUGGUAUCGUCUGAUAACCCUGGAGCCUACGUUGAAGAAAUCACAGCCGUGUUAAACUAUCUCCUUGGGGCAUGGAAGAAAGGCAAUCUAUCCGACAAAUGGAAUUCUUCAGCCCACUAUUCAUGCAUGAUUUUGUGCUCUGCACUUGUUAGAGCUCUUCAACUCCACACAGACUCUACAUUGAAGGCAACCUAUUCAAUCUCAAUGACUCAAGGCAUAGUUCUAUGUCUUGUUCAAAUGGUGUCCCAAACGCUAUCGGAACAGGCUCAGGAUGGAUCUUGGGGCAGCUCCCUGGAAGUUACAUCAUACUGUACUCUGACGCUGGCCCAAAUGAUGCGCCUACCAUUCAAGAAUGAUUUUAAAGACAACCAGCUCCAAUCUGCGCUCAUCAAGGGACAAGACUAUAUUCUGGCUCACUGGCAUGACUCCAUGAAGCCAGAUAAUUACGACUAUCUUUGGAUUGAAAAGGUAUCAUACUCAAGUCGUCUUCUGCGCAAGGUCUACGCUAUCUCAGCAUUGAAUGCAAAUAUUGAUUCUCUGCACUUCAACUCGGAUAUUCUGCAGUAUUUCGCUGUGCCCGACGGUUUUAGUCGGAUGAAAAGGUUGCUCCAACCUAUUUCAAUGUUCAAGAAGUCCCCAAUGGUCUCGUGGCAUUUGAUCCUGCUCGAAGCUGCCCUUUGGUCCAGGUACUUGCAGGAAUCAAAGCAUGACAUAUUCCCACCCAUUGAGGACCAAAGGGGAAAAGACAAGCAUAUCAGUUUGAUUCCUGUCAUAUUCACGGCAUGUAACCAUAUGGGGAAUCAUGUCCUAUCGCCCAACACAAUUUGGGAAAUGAUUUUCAUCUCACUUUUGGUGUAUCAAACCGAUGAGCUGAUGGAAUCUUCCGUGAAGCAUCUCUCCAGACCUGCACUUGAAGGUCUUCGCCAACAUAUCGUGUAUGAAUGUAAUUUCACUGAAAAUUCUAGAGGCGGAAUCUUUGCUUCUUCUCCAAAGCAAACACCUUCCAGCCAUGACUCAUAUCCAAGCCCAGCAUCCUCGGCAGAAAGUGUGAAGUUACCACCAGCGCUCACAGAAACCGAUGCUCCGAGUCUCCCACAUCUAUCAAUGAUUGAAAUCAUCCGCAGACUCCGUUCAUUCAUUAACUGGACUCUGGGGCACCCAAAAGUGGUGGAAUCUUCCCAACUCAUGCAGAGGGAACUUGCGAGUGAAAUGUGCAGUUUUCUUUCUGGGCAUAUUGCGCAUCUCGCAAGUAACGCCGAGCUUUCUCUCACUCAUCGCACAACAAAUCCGGACUACCAUAGAUGGGUUUCCUCGAUCGGUGCAGACGAUACCAGUUGCCCAAUGGCUAGUCUAUUCUUUGUCUGUCUCACCAGUGACUCCACCAAAACCGCAUUUGAGAAAUCGCCAUUGGAACGUUAUUUGAGCCGAAGCGUUUUCCGGCACUUGGCCAUCAUGUGUCGUCAGUAUAACGAUUACGGAUCUGUCACUCGUGAUAUGGACGAAGAAAAUCUCAAUAGUCUGCAUUUUCCAGAGUUUCUGUCUUUUAACUCAGCCGAGAAGACACUUGGUAUCAGUGGUCAUGAGCGAGUGAUAUAUCCCUCAAUACUUAUGAAAGAGCAACUUCUUGCAAUCGCAGAAUUCGAAAGGGAUCAGAUGGAGCUUGCGUUUAAGCGACUUGAAGAAGCCAGUGUUGAAAACUGUGUUCUGGAAUCUGUGAGGGUGUUUAUCAAUGUCACGGAUCUCUUUGGUCUAGUGUAUAUACAUCGAGACUAUACUAAUCGCGUGGAGCACCAUCGAUAUUAG